AUGCUAAAUGCCAUAAAAAAUGGUUACUCAGAAAUUAAAGGGAGAUAUGUCGCAUCUGCCUACAGAGCAAGGAUCUCCUACCAACGUAAGCAGCUUGGAUGUAAGCCAACCGCCCCAUCUAACAAUGUUGUAGCAACAGUCCAUCAAGGAGAGCCUAGUCAACAGGGUACAAGCAGUGCAGCAACCCUGCCAAGUCAACCCUUGACAAACAGUACCCAAGGUAAUGUUUUAAAUACAACGGGUCCAUUACAUUCAGGUCGUCCCUUAGGACAAAGCAUUGACAAGAAAUUGAAAGCUAAAAUUUGGGCGGAAGAAUACAUCCAACUUGGUGCUCUCCUGUUCAAGAAUCCAUAUUCAAAAUUACAAGCAGUGCAAGGUGCAAACAAUGAAAUAACUUUUCAGCACAAAGAGCAAAAGUUUUAUUUGAAAUAUUUCACUCAGUGGAUAAAUGCAUUCCACAUUUUUGUGUCAAUUUAUUGUGAGAAAUUUCCUAACCAGUCUUCCAACAUGAUGAAGUACAUGGCAAUUGUACAAAAAUUAAAUGCAGAUGUUGGGGAAAAGGCAGCUCUGUAUUAUGAUGAGCAAUUUCGACUGUGGAGAGCGGAUAGCCCAAGUCUUAUGCCCUGGCAGCUUAUCAACCAGGAACUUCAUUCUGAGGCACUACAGAUUGGCUUAAAAACCAAAAUUCAGACUUGGGAGAAAUCAUCAAAAACUAACAGCUCCUAUACUCAGCAGUCAGGAAACAAACAGCAGCCCUUUCGUGCCAGAUCACAGGAAAAAGGUCCGUGCUUUAGUUUCAACAACAACGCAGGGAAGUGCCUCAGAACAAACUGUGACUUUCCCCAUAUUUGCCUUAGGUGCCAAGGACAACACCACAAAAGAAUCUGUACCCUCUCAAGUGAAAUCCAGCCAAGCCCAGUUAGAUCCUUGCCAGCAAGUGGGAACAAAAUCAGUCAGACCGCAACAAAGGCUAAGAAAUAA